AUGACGGCUGACGAUGAAGGCAACACUCCCCUCCUCAGAGAGCCCCCUUUGCCCGAGUACGGUGCUACCCAUGGCGCGCUGCCACCCACCCGACAGUCCUUCAAGCGGAAUCUAGGCACGGCCGAGGCAUUCGGCAUCAUUAUCAGCAUCGUGAUCGGGAGCGGAAUCUUUACCUCCCCAGGGGCCAUUGACACCAAUGUCCCGUCACCCGGGGUGGCCCUCGUGGUCUGGCUGGUGGGAGGCAUCUUAGCCUGGACCGGCGCCGCCACCCUGGCCGAACUGGGCACGGCGAUCCCCGGAGAAGGAGGCGUCCAACCGUAUCUCCAGUACAUCUAUGGGGAUGUAUUCGGAUUUCUGGCCGCAUGGACCUGGGUCAUUGCCAUCGUGCCGGCCUCGCUGGCGAUCGCCAGUAUCGUGUUUGUCGAGAGCAUCUACUCGGCCAUCGGGGUCACGGAUCAAUCUGACCAAAUGUCCCACAAGCUGCUGUCCAUGCUGGUGCUCCUAUUGAUUGGCAUGGCAAAUUCAGUGAGUACGCAGUUCACCACUCGUCUCAACAAAUUCUUUGUCAUGACCAAGUUCGUGGCUAUCCUGGCAAUCGUACUGGCAGGCUUGGGGGUCGUCGUAUCCCACCUCGCCGGCUGGAAUCAAGUCACUGAGCCAGGGUCGUCAGACUGGCUGAGGCGAUCUUGGUUCGGGUCGCGGAACACGGUCGGGCCAGAUGGACGCGAGAUCGAGUGGAGCAACCUCAAUGGCUGGGAGAUGCUCGGCCAUUGUUCGGCGGCUCUCUAUGGUGCCUUAUGGGCCUACUCUGGGUGGGAUAAGGCAAUCUAUAUCAGCGCGGAACUGUCUGCCCCGGCGCGUCAACUACCACUUACCAUCAACACCGCCAUUCCGGUCGUCAUCCUCAGUUUCAUCGCAGUGAAUGUCGCGUACUAUAUCCUUCUGCCAUGGAGAGUCGUGUCCACGACUGACAGUGUAGCUGUGACAUUGUUCAAUCACCUCCUGGGCCCUGUCUUCGGCCUCGCAGCGGCAGUCCUCAUCUGCCUCGUUGUCGCAGGCUCCUUACUAGGCUGCUCCUUCGUGGCCAGCCGCAUGGUCGUCGCAGCAGCCAAUUCAAACUGGCUGCCCGGAUUCCUCGGUCGGAUUGGAUCGGUAUCCGGCCAGUCGCCAUCGACAGCGGAUGCCCCCGUCAAUGCCAUCCUCUUCAACACCGCUUGCACCAUGAUCUUCAUUUUCUUCGGGAACUUCCGCGCCCUGGUCACCUUCAAUGGUUUGGCCGAGUAUACCUUCUUCUUCCUGACGAUGAUCGGUGCGAUCAUCCUCCGCGCUCGUGAGCCAGAGCUUCUUCGGCCGUAUAAGCCGUUCAUCUUCGCCCCUAUCUUGUUUGCGGUCGUCAGUGGAUUUGUAGUCACACGGGGGGCCAUCUUUGCGCCUUUGCAGGCUGUUGUGCUCGUUGCCGUUUGGGGCAUAGGGUUGGGCUUCUAUGGGGUGAGAAGGCAAUUCGGCAAGAGAUGGGCCACGGGCAUUGAGCCUGUAAACUAGACAUGAAUCAGUGGUAUUUCACCUGUAGGUGUCGGAGUAGUACAACAUCACCGGGAGAAACCUUGCAUCAAUAGGAAGAUAAGCGACUCUUUUUAGAGUAUGAAGCUACAGAUUGAAUUGCCAUUGUCAAUAUAUUAUUUUGCCUCGGGUGCUCGCACCAAUGCUGCCUGAAAUAUACACAAUUUAUG